AAAAUUCUUCCUUCGUCCCAUCCUUCUAGAUCGAAAAUGACUCCAUUUCGAGCUGUCCAUAUCGACCAAAUCACCACAGGAAAGAUUAACGCACCUAUGUCCAAUUUAGAUGGACCAAACCGGUGGGGAGCCACCAAGAGAACCCGGGGUGAGGAGGGGGUGUGGGGGAACUGAUACAAUCACGCCAUCGACGGUAGCAAAAAAGGAAUCGAAGGCAAACGACCUUCUGAAAGUAUUUUUGUUCUCUGACAGCAACAGGGACAGAAAGUAUUUUUGUUUUCUUACUCCAAUUUCUUGUUGAAUCUAGAAAAGAGAAGGUUGAUUUUAGGAAUUGUUUGUUUAUUCAAUUAAAUUCGGUAGCUAGAGCCAUUUUUUCUUAAUUAUUUGAUGAUAAAAUUUUUAUACUGAUGCCUUGUAAAUUAUGUAAAUUAUUUGUUCAUGCUAUAGAAUGCUAGUAUUUUGAGGAUUGGAGCAUGCAGGUGACUAUAGUAUUAAUGGUGUUGUCACACUGCUUCCUUUAGAACUGCUUUAUGCUAUUAGAAUUUAGUACUGUUUUCCUUGGUGCCCCCUAAAGGCCUGGCUUAGGAGCAUUUUAGAUUGGUAACUUUUAUCUGUUCCUUACAUUAAGUUUGCAGAUUGCUACCUAUGCUAUUAUAAUUUAUUUGUUCCAGAAUUUAGGCUUGGCUUUAUGGUUUUAAUUUGAAGAUUGUAUUUUUGGUUGUUGUGUGUUUGGACAAGGUUAAUGCUUAGGAAAAAUUCAAGUAGGUGAAAGAAAGUUCUUUUGUUAUGAUAAGUCAGAUUAGAUUUUAACAAAUUGAAUGGCAUGGCAGCAAAGGGCAAAUGAAGUUAUCUUUUGUCUUUACAGCUAUUGGUUAUCUUUUGUCUUUACAGCUAUUGAGGAGCCAACUUAGCAAACGUGAGGUCUCUUUCAAUGAUGAGGUUGUUGUUGCUUUUGAGAAGAAGAUAGUUUCCUUCAUAGUGGAGAAUGUUGUGAAGAAUAAGUUGAACAAGGCAUAUAGCAAAAAGGCCAAAAAAACAAGACAUUCUGUAGAUUUAGCCUUAGCUUGUUUGUGGCCUUUUCUUUUUCAUGUUUUUUGGGUUUAUUAUAACAAAAUGUGACUUGUAAGCUCACAUACAAAAUUUUGUACUGUACAAUGUAAAUUGAUUAUAUGCAAUAAAGUUGGCAAUUGCCC